AAGCGCUUCUUUUGCAACCGGGAGUCGUCGGGGCUCGGGAAAGGAGCGCGAGAGGAACUGCGGGAGAAAGCCGCGCUCCAGCCCCUCUCGGGUCGCUGCAAGUCGGAUGUGAAAGCCGGAGGAGAGGAGAGGAGGACUAGGCGGCGGCGGCGGCGGCGGCGGCGGCGGCGGCGAUCUCGGCGCGGCCUGGAAGGAGGCAGAGGAGGGCUCCGAGCCCGCCGGCCCGAGCAUGGCCGAGAAGAGGAGAGCGUCGCCUUGCCCCAUGCUGAGCCUCAAGGCGCAUGCCUUCUCGGUGGAGGCGCUCAUCGGAGCCGAGAAGCAGCAGCAGCAGCAACAGCAGCAGCCGCAGAAGCGACGGAAGCAGGCGGCCGCGGGCGGCGAAGAGGCGCCGGCCGAGGAGGGCUGCAGCAGCGGCUGCGAGCGCAGCUCCGGCGAAGGAGUGGACGGCGAAGGCACCGCGGCCGACGGCGAGCGGAGCUGCGGCGCCCGGGCUCUGCCUCUCGCAGGCGGCUGCGAAGAGAGUUUCUUGAGGGCCGCAUCACCCCCGCUGUCACCCGGAGGCCCUGCCAAGGCGGCGAGUUCGAGGCCCGCUUCUCCUCUGCUUGCCCCACAAGUACCACGGGUGGACCUGCAGGGCGCAGAGCUCUGGAAGCGCUUCCACGAGAUCGGCACGGAGAUGAUCAUUACCAAGGCGGGAAGACGGAUGUUUCCUGCAAUGAGAGUGAAAAUUUCAGGUCUAGAUCCACAUCAACAAUAUUAUAUUGCUAUGGACAUUGUCCCAGUGGAUAACAAAAGAUACAGGUAUGUUUAUCACAGCUCCAAAUGGAUGGUGGCUGGUAAUGCUGACUCACCUGUGCCUCCCCGUGUAUAUAUUCACCCAGAUUCACCUGCCUCAGGAGAGACUUGGAUGAGGCAAGUCAUCAGCUUUGACAAACUGAAACUUACAAACAAUGAAUUGGAUGACCAGGGCCAUAUCAUCCUCCAUUCUAUGCACAAAUAUCAGCCUCGUGUCCACGUCAUUCGGAAAGACUGUGGGGAUGAUCUGUCCCCAGUCAAACCCAUUCCUUCGGGGGAGGGGGUGAAGGCAUUCUCUUUUCCUGAGACAGUUUUCACAACUGUUACAGCAUAUCAGAACCAGCAGAUCACUCGACUCAAGAUUGAUAGGAAUCCUUUUGCCAAAGGGUUUAGAGACUCUGGACGUAACAGGAUGGGAUUGGAAGCUUUAGUAGAGUCUUAUGCAUUCUGGAGACCCUCACUGCGGACACUUACAUUUGAAGAUAUACCUGGGAUUGCUAAACAAGGAAAUACUGGCUCCUCUUCUUUGCUCCAGGGAACUGGCAAUGGAGUACCAGCCACUCAUCCUCAUCUCCUGCCUGGGUCUCCUUGCUCUUCUCCGGCAUUCCAUCUCGGGCCCAACACUAGCCAGCUCUGCAGCCUUACUCCAGCUGACUACACAGCUUGUACCCGUUCAGGCUUAGCUCUUAACAGAUACAGCACUUCCUUGGCUGAAACCUACAACAGGCUUACCAAUCAAACCACUGAGACCUUUGCCACCCCAAGAACUCCCUCUUACGUUGGCGUAUCAAGUAGUUCGACUGUGAACAUGUCUGUGACGGGCAGCGACAGCGAUGCAUUUAGCUGUCCGCAGACGGGUUUGUCAAUGCAGAUUUCAGGGAUGUCUCCACAGCUUCAGUAUAUUAUGCCUUCCCCUUCAGGCAACGCCUUUGCCACAAACCAAACCCAUCAGAGCUCUUACAACACUUUCAGACUGCACAGCCCUUGUGCUCUCUAUGGAUACAACUUCUCCACAUCCCCUAAACUGGCUGCCAGUCCUGAGAAAAUUGUUUCUUCCCAAGGAAGUUUCUUAGGGUCGUCGCCAAGUGGAACCAUGACUGAUCGGCAGAUGUUGCCCCCUGUGGAAGGAAUGCACUUACUUAGCAGCGGGGGGCAGCAGAAUUUCUUUGACUCUAGGACCCUAGGAAGCUUAACGCUGUCAUCAUCUCAAGUAUCUGCACAUAUGGUUUGAUAAAGCGUUUUUUUUAAGAAAAAUAAACACGUACUGUGCAUUGGUUUUUACAAUGUAUUCCUUUUUGGAUUAUACAAAGGUGAUGUACCUUAUAAGGUGUUUAUGUUGGGAGGAAAAUCAUCAGAGAAAGUUUUUGAGUCCUUUGACUUGCCUAUGGGCAGAUAUUUGGAUAUGCUUGAGAGUUCUGAGUUUGUUUGCAGAAUCAGCCCAGUUUAGAUUCCUGGUAGCAUUCUCUUCAUUUUAUAAAGCACGUGUGGCCAUAUGCAACAAAUUAAGCAGGAUUUCCUCCAGCAUUCUCCACAUCUUGUAACGAACAAACCAGCACUCAGGCCUGAUUUAGAUGAAACCCCCCCCCCCA